AGGAAGAAGCCACCGAAAACAACCCUCUUUUUGAACCUGUUGUGUAACCGUGGGGCGGCACGAAUGGCUGGGGAGACGAAGAUCUGAUCCUAAAAUAUUUGAAACGUGACAAUGUGGAUAAAACAGCUUUUAGCAAUCAGUUCGAUGUCUGUCCGCAGGUCAGGUUGCCCGGUAGGAAGCCAUGCUUGGAUAUUAAUAGCCAUGUUUCAACUAGCCAUGGAUUUCACCAUCUGUGAAUCUGUAGUCCAAGGCCAAGGGUUUAGGCUCCUGCAAAGGCCUUCUCACUGGCAUAGAUUGUCCCAUAGUCCUCUGUGGAGUUUUAAAAAUGGACAGCAACUGAGGAUUCCUGGCCCUUUUUGGAACCAUGUUUCUUCUCAUCCUGAACGAUCUCAUGGGCAAAUACAAACAUAUCAUUCAAAAAGGCCACACAAAGCCACAGACCAGUUAGCAGGCCUUCUUUAUAAAAGCAUGCAGUCCAAGCAUUCCGCUACUGCAAAAUCAGCCCCUUCUGUUGUAGAUGGGAGCAGCAGGAGUACAGACCAGCAGACUCAUUUGAAAAGGGGGAAAAGGCACCUCCGAGGAAGCAAUUUUGAUCACAGAGACAGCAGGCCCACCACGGUGCCUGAAGUAAUUGUAUGGGGCCCAACAGGGGAAGAGGACUCCAUAGAAACCAGUACGUUCCCUGGGAAUUAUGGCACCACCACAACUUCUGCUUUACAAACCAGAACGACUACUGUGGCAACCACCACCACCACUACUUCCACCACUGUACAGUCUAAGGGGUUCACAGCAUCACCUGUGCCAGGGCUUAACACACACAAGAACAACCCUGGCAGGAUUAGCACAACGGAACCCUACACCAGCCACAAGAGCAAUGGAAAAGAAGCCCGUCCACCUAAGAUAAUGGGAGACACUACAGGUCUGGCAGUCCAUCAGAUCAUCACAAUCACAGUGUCCCUCAUCAUGGUCAUAGCUGCUCUGAUAACAACUCUGGUCUUAAAAAAUUGUUGUGUGCAAAGUGGAAACACACGGCGGAACAGCCACCAACGCAAAAUCAAUCAGCAGGAAGAGAGUUGCCAGAACUUGACGGACUUCACCCCAGCCCGUGUGCCCAGUAACCUGGACAUAUUCACAGCCUACAAUGAAACACUACAGUGCUCCCACGAGUGCGUCAGGACACCAAUGCCAGUGUAUACAGAGGAGAUGUUACACUCGCCCGGUGAUUAUAAAACAACGUUCAAUGGAAACAGACCCUCUUCUUCUGAUCGGCAUCUAAUUCCUGUGGCCUUUGUGUCUGAGAAAUGGUUUGAAAUCUCCUGCUGACUGGCCGAAGUCUGUUUUACUUCCUGGGGGCAGGGCAGACGCCAUGUGUCUAUUUCCUGGAUUCCAUUGGUGAACCUGUAAAAAAAAAAAGGGUUACCUAUACCUACCAUUUCUGUUUACCAGUAGGAGACUCAAACAGCAGCACUCUAUGUGCCAAAUAUAUUUUUAUAAAAAUGAACACACCUGUAGGAAACUGCAUUUUCAAAGCGCGCAUUUAUGGGAGAAGAGAAAAAAAUGUGCAAGCAAAGAAGCCUAUGAAGAAAGAGGAACUUAAGACGAAAUAAAGAAAAGGACUGAACAUCUGGAGUUUGGGAUAUGGACUGUGAUUCUGAACCUGUGCCAAUAAUACCAUUAUGUGCCAUGUACUGAUCUGAAAGACUUCACAAGAAGCUGAAGCUAAGUGAAUUACACAUAGAAAUAUUAGAGAAAAUCGGGGUGGGGAAUCUCUUCUGAUAGAGUCAGUAUUUCUGGUUAAUAUACAUAUAUACAUAUAGAUAUAAAUAUAUAUAGAUACAAACACACACACACAAACACAAACACUUUUUGUACUGUAGCAAUUUUUGAAAAUCUUAAAUAUUCAUUUUUAAAAAAUUGUGUCAUGGGUUACAAAUCUGAUUUCUUUAACAUUCUUAGUGUGAACUAAAUAAACUGAUGUUUUCUACUUUGGCAGCUUGCCUUUAAAACAUAUAUAUAUAUACACA